AUGAUGAACGAGUACCAACCACGCCAGCUGUCAACGUUUGCAUUGACGCUAUUUCGGAAGGAGGUGGAGCUAGACGGCGAGAAUGGGAAGCGCACAGUGAAAGUUGACUUCUGGGACACAGCAGGACAAGAACGGUUCUCCAGUAUGCAUCCGUCGUAUUACUACGGAGCGACAGCGUGCAUUCUCGUCUUCGAUGUCACGCGAAAGGUGACGUACCAGAAUCUAGCUAAUUGGUACAAGGAGCUCCGUGAGUACUGUGAGAACAUCCCUUGCUUCCUGGUUGCCAACAAGAUCGACGUCGAUAUGGACGUGACCAGCAAAAAAUUCAAAUUUGCCGAGACGCACAACCUCGAGUUCAGCUUCGUCUCUGCUGCGGACGGUACGAAUGUGGUCAAACUAUUCAAAGAAGCUGUCGAAGCCGCCUGCAAGUUCAAGCAGGAAGGCGGCGAUUUCAUGUCGGACGUUCUAGAUCUACUCGGAGAGCAAUCAAGUGAGUUGGAUAUCGUGGCUCAGGAAUCAAUGUGGAAGAUACUUUGUUUCUAA